GAAUUUGUAUUAGACAUGUCUAAACUUGAUGAUUUGUUUGAUAAAAAGAAAGAUGAAGCGCCUAUGUUAGAUUUAUCUAAAGUUGUAAUAAAUACAGCUGAAGAAUAUCGAGAAGUUCUAGACAAAGUGCCGGAUUUUAAAACAAGACCAGAGAAGGUUAAAGCUGAGGAUGUAAAAAUUAAAGAUAAACCCGAUCAAAAAACUAAAACAUCGAAAAAGGAGAUCAAGGCCUACGAGAAAUUAGGAACUAGGGGUUACGAAGAAAAACAAUUUACAUUCAUGGAUCCUAUACCAGUGGAAAUGCGGGGAUUGAAAUUCGAAGAACUUUGUGCUGUCCCUAUUGAAUGGCGAAUGCUUACGUCUAUAAGACCAAAGUCUAAACUAGAUGAAGAAUAUUUUAACAGAUUAGUAGAGCUAGGCAAAUCCGAAUUGAAAACCAGAGCAAGGGACAAAAGAGAAUACGCGAAAAACAACAUGAUCAGAAAAACGAAGACCCGGUCGGGUGUGACGGAGACACGCAUCGUGUCAUGCACCGAAUGCGGUGAAGAGUACUGCAAUGGUAAAAUGUGUGCCAUUACCAACUACGAUAUGUUCGCUCGGUUGAAGCUAGAAGUGGCCGCGAAGAGCACCAGAGCUCAACUCCCUCAAGCGCAGAUGGGCAAGCUGAAACGCGUGAGGCGCCGGGCACGACGGAAGCCACGCAGCAAGAGCGCCGCGCCCGCGUACCAGAAGCCCAACGCUAAUAAAUCUGGAGCUAGAAGCGAUACUGAACAUUAGAAACUUCUAACAACACCCAGUAAGGGCUCUUCUAAAAUGACUGUUGCCUUAUGGUUUACUGGUCCAUUAGUACCUACAAAAUACACAUACAUUACUUUCUAGCAAUGUCCACUAAGGCUAUUCGUUAUUUGAGUAAAACCUCUUUCCACAGUUUUUUGUACGCCAGGUCUAUACUAUACCUAUAUAUUAAUUAUACAUGCAACAACAUUACAUAAAUGCGAUUUGACUUAAUUAUGUGAAGUAGGUAGGAUACGGUGUUUUUUUAAUUCGGUUAAAAAAUAGCUGUUGGUGUCAAAGAUACCUCAUAACUUCGUUAUUUAUUAACCAAUUAUUUUCAUGUUCGAAAGACAUUCCAGAUUGAUCCCAUUUAAUUUUUACUUUUUAGUUUUGUGUUAAAAUAACUGAAAUAAAUGAACGAAGUUGCUCAUACUGUGGCGUUUACGGUCAAUAUGCUAUGACACACUAAAAAUAGAAAAAUAAAAUCUUUUUAACAAAAAAUUAACCGACUUCAAAGAUGAUUUUUUGGGCGGUUUGAAGGCGGUGCUUAUUCAUUUUGAAAUUUUUGGCACCGCCUUCAAACCGAUCAGUAGAAAGGACAAAGGUACGAUGAUAUUUUUAAUUUUUUAGAGUAAUGCAUCUUUAAAGUUGGUUAAAUUUUUUGUUAAAAAGAUUUUUUGUACUGCCCCUUUAGUAAAACCUCUUUCCGCAGUUACUUGCAAUCUAUUUAUACCUACAUAAAUAAUUAUACUCAUUUGGACUCUUUUGUUUUGAGGAAAUUAUCGCUAUAGAAAAGUAACUCUAGUCUCUAACUUCUCACUGCCUGGAUAUGAAUAUAACUAGGUGUAAGAUGUCGAUACAAAUUGUAUAGAUAUAAUUUACCUAAAAAUUAGGAAAAUAAUUUCUCAAUGAAACUCACUCUGCCGUACUGAUAUUAAUAUAACUUGAAACAUUUUUAUUUAUGCGGUAAUUAUUUGAUUUUUGUAUAUACCUAUUUAUUAUAGAAAAAAAAAUGUACAGUCGGCACCUGAUGUUUAUUAAGUGAGAGAAUAGGUAGAUAAUAUUAUAAUACUAGCGGACGCCCGCCCUUAGACCUUUUUAAUGCAGCCCUUACUGUAGCAUAACUGUAAAAAUGGAGUAACUUCUCCAGUUUUCCCAACGUUUCCCUUCACUGCUCUGCUCCUAUUGAUCGUAGGAUAAGGAAAAGUAUACUAUAACCUGCCCAGGAGCAUGAAGAAUAAUUGAGUCAAAGACAGACAGACGAAAAUUUUACUGAUUGCAUUUUUGGCAUCAGUAUCGAUCACUAAACACCCCCUGAUAGUUAUUUUCGAAACAUAUUUCAUGUUCAGAAUUUACAUCUCUACAGAAUUAUUAUAUAUACCGGCCCCAUACAAUAAGUACGUCGCGGUCCUCAGGUGUUGCCACCACGCCAAUGUUUCGUCGUAUAGGUAAUUAAGCUUUAAUUUACUUUAUUCGAAGACAUCAAACACACUUAAUUUAUUUGAUGCUGACUGUACAUAUACCGUUAAGAUUCUCAAAAAUAAUAAUAUGUAAAAUAUAAUAAGUAGGUAAUAAUACUAAUUAUCUAGUCGGUAGUUUUAAUUGAUUUUGCAUAAAAUGUAUCUCAUUUUGUACUGUUAUUUACACUAAUAAAAUAUCGAAA